UGAUGUCAACUUGUUAUUUACUUUCCAAAUCUGAAUGACUGGGCAAGCCGAAGGGAGAAUUAAUCAGCCACAAUGUGACCGCGCAGGCGAAAAAAAAAACACGGAGCUCUCAACGCGCAGGGGGUUCGUGGGGGAAGGGAAGUCGGCAGAGGCCAAAUACAAGGUCACUGACUGUGCCUUCCGUCUCCCAAAAGUGUCAACUGCACGCUGCAAUCGCCCGUAGCUCGAGCAUCUGAAAGGAGAAAAAAAAACUCCAGCAAUAAAUAAUAAAGAAACACCCUCCUAUUUCCUCACUGACUGGUGUCUGCUACAUCAACCGACAUCAAAGCCCGGUACUUCCCUCCUUCUGUGCUCCCCCCUCCCCAGUGGAUUACGGGCAGCCUGGAUUACUCGGGAAUCCAACACUGAGCCGCAGCAAGUGAUCGGUAUGGAAGGAAAGUCUGCACCGGCUUUCUGAAGUUGGGGAGCCGUUUCCUCUCGCAAGUGGAAGCAGAGGCGUUGGGAACCCGAGGCGCACUCUCUCGUUAAGAGUGUGCCAGGCCAUCAAACAGACCUCUUACACUGAGGCAGGCUAAGAUGAGUAUAACCAGUGAUGAGGUGAACUUCUUGGUUUACAGAUACCUCCAGGAAUCAGGUUUCUCACAUUCCGCGUUCACCUUUGGGAUUGAGAGUCACAUCAGCCAGUCAAACAUCAAUGGAACACUAGUGCCCCCUGCUGCCCUCAUCUCAAUCCUGCAGAAGGGCCUUCAGUAUGUGGAAGCUGAGAUCAGCAUUAAUGAGGAUGGCACGGUGUUUGAUGGGCGGCCGAUCGAGUCCCUGUCACUCAUUGAUGCCGUGAUGCCAGACGUGGUGCAGAUGCGCCAGCAGGCCUUCCACGAGAAGCUGGCCCAGCAGCAGCAGCAAGCGGUGGCGAUGGGUGCCAUGGUGACAGCCCCCAUGCCAACGGCCCCUAUGGCGACAGCCCCAGCCACCAACCAGCUGAACACGGCAAAGAAUGGGGAGACCGCCAUGAAUGGGGAUGAGAACAGCAGCCAUAUCAUGAAUAACCACAUGGAAUCAAUGGAGGUCGAUGGGGACGUCGAGAUCCCGGCCAGCAAAGCCACGGUCCUGAGAGGACAUGAAUCGGAAGUAUUCAUCUGUGCCUGGAACCCUGUCAGUGACCUGCUUGCCUCUGGCUCAGGCGACUCCACAGCCCGCAUCUGGAACCUGAACGAGAGCUGCAUCAGCACCUCCACACAACUGGUGCUCAGGCACUGUAUCCGGGAGGGGGGCCAGGAUGUGCCCAGCAACAAGGACGUCACUUCCCUGGACUGGAAUAGUGAUGGGACCCUUUUAGCGACCGGAUCAUAUGAUGGUUUUGCAAGAAUAUGGACAAAGGAUGGUAAUCUGGCUGGCACUCUAGGGCAGCACAAAGGUCCAAUAUUCGCACUGAAGUGGAACAAGAAAGGAAACUGCAUUCUCAGUGCUGGAGUAGACAAGACGACAAUCAUCUGGGAUGCACACACUGGAGAGGCCAAGCAGCAGUUCCCCUUUCACUCAGCUCCCGCCCUGGAUGUUGACUGGCAGAACAACACCACCUUCGCUUCAUGCAGCACAGAUAUGUGCAUCCAUGUGUGUCGUCUCGGCAAUGACCGGCCCCUUAAAACCUUCCAGGGUCAUACGAAUGAAGUGAACGCCAUCAAAUGGGAUCCGUCUGGCUUGCUGCUGGCAUCUUGCUCGGAUGACAUGACCCUGAAGAUAUGGAGUAUGAAGCAGGAGUCAUGUGUGCAUGACCUACAAGCCCACAGUAAAGAGAUCUACACCAUUAAGUGGAGUCCCACUGGGCCUGGCACCAGCAAUCCCAACUCUAACAUCAUGCUCGCCAGUGCGUCCUUUGACUCAACUGUGCGUCUGUGGGAUGUGGAGCGUGGCAUCUGCAUCCACACCCUCACCAAGCACCAAGAACCUGUCUACAGUGUGGCCUUCAGCCCCGAUGGACGCUUUCUGGCCAGUGGCUCUUUUGACAAGUGUGUCCACAUCUGGAGUACAUUGAGCGGAGAUUUGGUUCACAGCUAUAGAGGGACAGGGGGCAUCUUUGAAGUUUGCUGGAACAGCACAGGGGACAAAGUUGGAGCUAGUGCAUCCGAUGGAUCGGUUUGUGUUCUGAAUCUUUGGAAAUAGCAUCUGUGCAUUGACUUUGAAGAUGGAUCAUGGUUGGUGUCUUACAAUGUCUCCUGGAAGUCUUGGUGAUUUCAGAUGUUGAAACGGUGGAACUUUCAACAAUGGUCCGAAAGAGCCUUUUCCUCAGCAGAGCAGGCUACACUAUGGGAUGGGUGGCCCUGCUGGGAUGGAAGCUGAAGAACAGGAUUGAAUUCAAAAUGGCUGUGCCAAAUAAUAAUAAUAAUAAUCUGAAAUCAAAUCCAUGAAACCAAAACAGAGCGAGCUCCCCUCUGAAGACCAGAUGUGCAGCAGCCUGUCAUCUGGAUGCUACAGUACGAGUGAGCGAGUGAGCCAUACCAACACACGAGCAGUCUGAUGGGGUCGUCCCUGCUGGAGAAGAAUGAUUGACCAAAGUGAAGCGUGGUCUUCACACGAGACUGCAGCAGGCCCCAUCUGCCCAGUUCAGUUCUUGCAAGAGGUUACCCAAAAAGGGGAAGGUGCUUUGUUCUGUUGUCAUUGUUUUUUUGGUGGACCCCCUGCUGGUGCUUACGCGCCUCAUUUUUUAAAAGCCCAGCAGCAUCUUCAUAUCACCCUUUUCAGGACUUUUUUGAGGAAUUCUUAAAAUGCUUCUUUCUCUUUUUUCCUCCAUUUACGUUUUAAACUCCUGGACUUGUGUUAGCCGCAAAAGGCACAAAUCUGAGGUGUAUUUUUUUUUUUGGGGGGGGGGGAUUAUUCUGCAUCUUAAUUUUCUCACAAACAGAAUGGCAAAGACUAACUCAAAUGUUAUGCGCUAAUAGUAAUAAUAAAUAUUAAAAAAAACUUUUAUGGA